AUGGAGGAAUCAAAUAUUAAUUUUCAUGAAAUGAAUAUAGAUGAUCGUAUUCUCAAAGUUUGUAUUAUUAUUAUUGAUUUUUAUUUUUAAAGACGAAUUUAUUGUUAAAUUUAAAAUGUAUUCAUAUGCAGGCAAUUGCCAACAAUGGAUGGACUGAGCCUACUUUGGUUCAAGAACGUGGUAUUCCUCUCUUAUUAGAAGGCAAAGAUAUGUUAGUGAGGGCUAGAACUGGAUCUGGCAAAACUGCAGCUUUUGUUAUACCAAUAAUACAAAAAAUAUUGGAAUUCAAAGAAGUUAGUUAGAAAAUAGUUUAUUAUUUUUUACUUAUUAGAAAUAAUUUUCAUUCAUUAUUUUUCAGAUAAAUUCUGUUAGUUAUUGUACACGAGCUUUAAUUUUGGCGCCAAGCAAAGAACUAUGUAAUCAAAUUUAUAAAAACAUACUUCAAUUGACCAUCAAAUGUUCAAGAGAAGUAAAAUGUGUUGAUAUAUCUGCCCAAGUUAGUAUUUCUUAAUAUUAUCCUUAUCUGCCCCUCAAAACUUUUCAAAUUUUACUUUUUUGAAAUAUUUUUUUAUUCUGAUUUUAAAAAUUCAAAAUUUAUUUGCGAUAUUUAUUACAUACAAAUCACUCUGUACCACAAAUCAAUAUUUUUAUAAUGUGGAUUGAACUUGUAUAUUCUUGUACAUCCCCUAAAUGGAUUACAAACCAAAUUCUUUACUGCAUGCCACAUGGUAAGAAAAAGUAAUUAAACACUAUAGCUGUAAUACGUACCCAUGUAUAUGUAAUUAUUUAACCAAAAUAUUACAUGUAUAUUGUUAACAAAGCAACACUCAACCAAACUCCAUUCAAAAUCGUUUUUUUAAAGUUAUGUAUAAAAUUAAAAAUACUCUAACUUUGUAAUAUAUCAGUAUUACAAACUUGAUAGCUUUCUCAUUAUUCAGACUAUAAUGUAUCCAAAUAUUUAUCUUAGAUUGAUAUGAAAGAACAGCGGCCUUUAUUAAUAACAAAUCCAGAUAUAAUUGUUGGUACCCCAGCCAGAAUUUUGCUUCAUUUACAAGCAAACAAUUUUUCACUUGAUAAACUUCAAACCAUAGUGGUUGAUGAAGCAGAUUUAGUGUUUUCAUUUGGAUAUGAAGAAGAGGUUAAUGAAGUUGUAAAGUAAGUUCAAAAAAGUUGAAAUAUUAAUAUAACUAUUAUUAAUAAAAAUAAAUUUAAUAUUCUAGAUAUUUACCGAAAACCUAUCAAGCUGUUCUGGCUAGUGCAACACUCUCAGAAGACGUUUUAAAGUUAAAAAAAUUACUUUUGAAAAAUGCUGUCUUAUUAAAACUCCAAGAGCCUGACUUAGCUCCAUUAUCACAAUUAUCUCAUUACAAAUUAAAUGCCGAGGAAGAAGAUAAAGCAGUAAUUUUAUAUUGUUGUUUCAAGUUAAACCUUGUAAAAGGCAAAACUAUAGUAUUUGUUAAUACUGUAGAUAAAUGUUACAAGUUGGUUUAAUCUAAAUUAUUAGGACUUGUAUAAAACGUAAAUGAAACACUGAUCAUUGAUGAGUGUUCAUUCAUGUUAAAUAUAAAUAACCAGUACCUAUCUCCUGAAACUAAUUUGCCAUUUUACACAAAGCAAAAAUAAUAAAUCAAAUUCUCAACCUUAUUUAUUAUAUUCAUACUGUAUAACUAUAAUAUAAUAUAUAAAUAUUAUUUUUGUUUAGGUUAAAACUGUUUUUGGAGCAAUUUGGUAUUCAUACUUGUGUAUUAAACUCAGAAUUACCAGCUAGUUGUCGUUGCCACACUAUUUUACAAUUUAAUAACAAUACAUAUGAUAUAAUAAUAGCUUCGGAUGAAAAGUUUUUAGAUGAAGAACAUGAGCCGAGUUCAAAUAAAACAAGGUGAACAAAUUAAAAGUUUAUUGUGAUUUUUAAUCAAAACUACUGUCUUACUAUUGUAAUUUUUUUUUUUUUAUCGUCUCGUAUCUGAAGACUAAAGUUAAUAAAGAGCAACAUUUUAAAGUCUAUUGACAGAGGGUUUUGUUUUGCCUUUUAAACACACAAUUUUAAAACUUUACAACUUAAGAUUUCUAAAAUUGUUUAAGUAUUAUGUUAAUAUAAAUUAUUCUAUGGGGAAAAAAAAAAACAAGGUUUUUAAUUAAGUAAAAUAUAAAAAUUAUAAAAUUAGAUAUCUAUUGAAUUAAAAAUUUGCACAAUCUUAAAAUAAAUAUGAGCUAGUACUAUGACACUUAUAGUCUAAUCUACCACUACCUAUUUUUAUUGUAGACAUAUUUUUUGUGAAGCAAUAAAUAACCAAGUACCAUAUUAAUGCAAUAUUAUACUUUUCUAAAACUAUACUAUUUCAUAAAAAAUUUGAAUCUGGAGUUAAAAGGAAUAUCAAUACCACAUAUUUGUAUAAGUAAGUUAGGUUAGAUUUUAUAUGUUACUGUAUUGUACAACCCUACCUAUUUACUUUUCUAGAAUUCAACCUAUUUCAUCAAAACAUAUUUAUUAUAAUACUUUUUAAAUACUAGUUAGAGAAUUAAUCGAUACAGUAUUAUUGUUAUUAUUAUUAUUAUUAUAAAUCUGAUAACUGUAAAAAUGUAAUGGACAUCACGUCAGCUUGUAAUUUUAACAUUUAUAAUAUUAUUUAGGAUAUAAUAGAUACGAUACAAUCUCUAUUUUUUGGAAAGAUUCAACUAUUGGCAAUUUAAAUUUACUAAAUUUGUGUUUAAUUUUUGUUAUAGUAAACGCAAACAUGAUAAAGAAUUUAGUAUAGCAAGAGGAAUUGAUUUUCAAUUUGUGUCAGUUGUUAUAAAUUUUGAUUUUCCACUAGAUAUUUAUUCCUACAUACACAGAGUUGGCCGUACAGCUAGAGGAAAAAAUAAAGUAAAACAUUUUUGCUUUUUUCUUCUAUUAACUUUUUUUAACUGUUCAAUGUAUUUUAUAAAGGGCACUGCUAUAUCUUUUUUAAACAUUAGAGAACAAAAUUUAUUAAAAGACGUUGAAGAUUAUAUAAAACAAGGUAUUUCAGAAAAAAAAGACAUAUUUCAAAUUUUUAACUUUAAAUUAGAAGAAGUAGAAGGAUUUAGAUAUCGAGCUAAAGAUGCUUGGAGAGCUGUUACCAAAAUUGCUGUAAGAGAAGCUCGGUUAAAAGAAAUCAAAUAUGAAAUGUUAAAUUCUAAAAAACUAAAAGUAAAACCAAUUACUAUUUAGUAUUUUAAAUUAUGUAUAAUUUAUGUACAAUGUAUUAAUAUAUUAAUUUUUUUAGCGAUACUUUCAAGACAACCCUAGAGAUUUAUUGUCUUUAAGACAUGAUAAAGCUUUGCAUACAGUAAAACUACAAGACCAUAUGUCAGAUGUUCCGGAUUAUAUGGUACCUGCUUCACUGAAAGAAUUUGUGAAAGAUCAAGAAGAAAGAAAUAAGGAUACUAAAAAGAAAGAUAGAGACUAUUAUAAGAAAAAACUAGUUGGGUAUAAAAAACAUCAAACAAAAAAAAGAAACCAUCUUGUUGGAAUGGAAUAUACAGGAUUAAAGAAAACUUGAAACAUAUGUUUAAUGGUUUUUAUAAUAGUUCUUAAAUAAAGUAUUGCACACGUGGUAAAUCUAUACCAAGUAAUAAAUCAAUAUAUAUAUGUUUAUUAAUUAUUAUUUUUGUUUUUUAUGUUUCCUUAAAUUGUUAACAAAUAAAGUAGGUACCUAAAAAGUAACCACAGUAUUUGUAGAUAAUGCUAAUUGUAAUUAAUUAUUUUUAACUGUUACCAAUUUCAAUAAUAAGUAGUAGUCUUUCCUACUUAUGUAAUUCUAUCCUACGUGCACCUUGUAUCCUUGAACUUUUAAUUAUUUUGGAUUCUUAAAAAAAAAUUGUUUAUUAAACAGUCAUGGAUCUCUUCAUGACCAUAUGUUUUGCUGUUCCAAUCAUAUUUCUGUUGAAAUUUUUCCUGAUUCUCUCAUCCCCCCCCUGACUUUUAUCAUCCUCCAUUACUUAUUCAAUACCCUCAUAAUAACAAUUUAAUGCUUUUUAAUAAUUCACAUUCGUUCUUCAAUUUUAGGAAAUUUAACUAUCCCAGUAUCAUUAUUACUUUAUUUUUGACUUAACCUAACCGUUUAUUUUGUCUUUGAUUGGGUCUCAACUUUUUCUAACUGCGAGUUUGACUCUUACAAAUAUUUUCAUUGACGCUAUAUACUUAUCAAUUUUUCAGUUUGUCCCUCAAGCUAAUUUUAGGCUUAGAUUUUCCUACUUAGGCUUCUAAGGAGCUAAAACAACUAGUUUGACUUAAGAAUAAAAUGCAUGCAAUACAUUUACUUUCACAUUUGAUUUUCUAAACUAUCAGUCUUUCUCUCAUCUAUGGGCAAAAUGUAAAUGAGUAUCUAGGAAAUGCUAUUGAUUUUUUGUCAAAUAAACUGAAUCUUCUCCAGCUAGUAGGCAUAAUAAAUUCUGGAUCUUUGUUCAUAAAAAAUAUUCUGUCUAUGCAAGUCUUAACGUAUCAAUUUAAAAUUAAAUACCAUAUAAUAAUUGACCAGUUUUUGGCAUUAAUCAAUGUUAAUACAAAAUAAUAUCUAACAAUUCUUUAGCUAGAUAUAAAUCACCUAGCUCUUAACUCAUAUUAAUAGAACGAGAAAUUACUACCGAGACUCAAGAGCAGUUCCGAUCCUUGAAUAAAAUUAAGUGUCAUUUAGCUUAAACCUUUUUUGUUUGAUUAAAUAUAAAUUUUACUGUAAUAGAAAUUUAGUAAACAUUAAGUUUUUACAAAAAACUAUAAACAAAUUAUAAAAUUAUAUCAUUAAGAAUUUAAAGAUAAUAUUUUUGAGAAUUGCAUGUUGUUUCAAAAUAUCGAGAUAAAAUAUCUUCAUUAAUUAAAAAAGUAAACAUGUUAAACAAAUCCUACUUAAAAGUUUCAAAAAAUAUUAUAUUUUUAUAUUUGGUUAUUUAACUUUUUUAUCAUAAUUAUUUUAUUAAUUUUACAGAUAGGUUUAACAUUUUUAGAUUCCGAGCGUAGGUCAUUUUUUGAUUUUCGAUAAUAAAAGCACAUGAGUGGAAAAACAUUCAAUUUCAUUAUUUUAUAAAAACACGGACGACGUUUUCUACUAGAAAAAUUGAUUUAAUCAAAAAAUCACAAGACAUCCUUUUUGUUACCUUUUUAAUUUAAUUUCUUACGGUAUCAUCAUCAAAAUUUUAUAGUCACUUGAGCUUUUAAGGAAUUUUAAUUUUUGGUAAUUUUUGCUGUAAUUCGGUUAUAAAUACACAUAGAAACUUGAAAUUUGGUAAUAAUAAUUAUUUUCUGGCGUGGUAAAAUUUCUAAAAUCAUCAGUCUUUUUUUUUUUUUUUUGAAAUCAAAUUUAAACGAAAAUUGCAAAAAAAAAUUACCGCAUUUCAAAUUAUGUAUUACCAAACUGCGCUCGGAAUCUAGUUUCGUUGCUUACAGAUAUAAAUGAAAUAAUCUUAUGUAUCCUACCUUCCCAACUUCUCACCUUUAACAGUUUCUGCUCCUAUGUCUAGUAUCAGCUCUUUUUUUAAAAUUAACUAUUAAAAAAUGGUUAAAUGCAAAUAGUAAACAAAAUUUAAAUUCUAAUCAGUAAUUUUAACUUAGUAAUUACUAAUUUUAAUAACAAAUAUCCCGGCAUGAGAAAAUAAAAUAAUUUUUCAAAUAUAAAUCACUAAAUCAUUUCAAGUACUAAUAUGUAUUGGCAUUGAUUAUUAAGGUAAAAAUUAAAUCUAUUCUAUUUAAAUAAUUAUACUCAAAGGAAUUAAAUAAAUGAACUGCAUUCAAAUUUAUUCCAUGAUUUUUAAAAAAAUAACAUUUUACAUCAACAAUUAAUAGGUAUAUGCAUUUAUAAUUUUUACAAAUAAUCAUUUUCUGCUUAUUAAUAUAAAUUAUAAAUGUUUUCAGAACAAUCAUUGAGGCGAAACCAUCACAAACAGUGUUAACACAGAAGAAACGAGUAUUUUUUCUAAAAACACAUAAAUGUGCUAGUUCUACUAUUCAAAAUAUAUUGAUGAGUUUUGGCCAUAAAGAAAACCUCGAUUUCUUAUUACCAAAUGUGAUGAACUAUAUAGGAAAUCCACAACACUUUAACACUAGUAUGAUAGUUAAUAAAUAUUCCACUGCAGAUGGACAAUUUGAUAUGUUUGUACAUCAUACAAGGUAUUCUCAAGAAGUAAAAUAUGUAAUGAGACCAGAUACAGUAUAUAUCACUAUUCUNAAAUAUGAUUGAAAGAGAUUUUGAUUUUAUAAUGAUAUUUGAAUAUUUAGAAGCAUCACUUGUAUUGUUUGCAAAUUUAAUGCAAUAGCCAUUAGAGCAAGUGGCAUAUUUGCCAUUAAACACCAGAAAUAAAACAUAUAAACAAAUAUUAUCAGAUGAUGAUAUUAAUCAAAUAAAGAAAGUAAACAUGGCAGAUAAUAUGUUAUACAAUAGAUUUUUAAGUAAAUUUAAAGAAAAAAUAAUUGAAUAUGGAAUAGAAAAAUUAAAAAGAGGAAUUGAUAAGUUAACAGCAAUAAACCUAAGAAUAAGAGAAAAAUGUGUAAAAUUUACAAUAAAUACAGGUUAUGCAAAAACAAUAUCAUACAAAUUAAAAGAAAAUUCUAAUAUAAUUUGCAAAUAUAUUGCAAUAAAUGAAUUGAAAUAUACAUCAAUUCUAAGGGAAAUACAAUUUGAACGACAAAGGAAACAUAGAGCGUUGGAUAAAUUAAUUAAUAGUAAUUAA